AUGGGUAGUCUUGAAGUUGCUGAAAGAACAACAGUUGGUUUGGCUGCAACUGACCCUUCCGGAAUUCUAACUCCGUAUACUUACACUCUUAGAAACACCGGUCCAGAUGAUGUUUACAUCAAAAUUUACUACUGUGGAGUCUGCCAUUCUGAUCUUCAUCAAAUCAAAAAUGACCUUGGCAUGUCCAAUUAUCCCAUGGUCCCCGGGCAUGAAGUGGUUGGUGAGGUACUAGAGGUGGGAUCUAAUGUUAGCAGAUUCAGUGUGGGAGAAAUAGUGGGAGUUGGACUUCUUGUUGGAUGCUGUAAAAACUGCAGGGCUUGUGAUUCUGAUAUUGAACAAUAUUGUAACAAGAAGAUCUGGUCUUACAAUGAUGUUUAUACCGAUGGAAAAAUCACUCAGGGUGGUUUCGCCGAAACAACCGUUGUUGAACAGAAGUUUGUGGUGAAAAUUCCAGAGGGAUUGGCACCAGAGCAAGCUGCACCAUUGUUAUGUGCUGGUGUGACAGUGUACAGUCCACUAGCACAUUUUGGGCUGAAACAAAGUGGGCUACGAGGUGGAAUAUUGGGCCUGGGAGGUGUAGGACACAUGGGGGUGAAAGUAGCAAAAGCAUUGGGUCACCAUGUGACUGUGAUAAGCUCUUCUGAUAAGAAGAAGAAAGAAGCAAUUGAGGAUCUUGGAGCUGACAGUUAUGUUGUUAGCUCAGACACAACUGCCAUGCAAGAAAUUGCUGAUUCGCUUGAUUAUAUUAUUGAUACUGUUCCUGUUGGUCACCCUCUUGAGCCUUAUCUUGCAUUGCUUAAAGUUGAUGGAAAAUUGAUCUUGAUGGGUGUUAUUAACACCCCUCUUCAAUUUGUUACACCUAUGGUCAUGCUAGGGAGGAAGACAAUUACUGGAAGCUUUGUUGGGAGUGUGAAGGAGACAGAGGAAAUGUUGGAGUUUUGGAAAGAGAGGGGUUUAACCUCCAUGAUUGAAAUUGUGACUAUGGAUUACAUUAACAAAGCUUUUGAAAGAUUGGAGAAGAAUGAUGUGAGGUAUAGGUUUGUUGUGGAUGUGAAAGGAAGUAAGCUUGAGCAGUGA